ACACCGGAUAGAUAUUGCAUCGAAUAUCGGCAUUCCAUCAGCCACCUUUCUGAAGAAGAGUCACCCUUAUUAUAUUCUAAUACAAAGCCACAUGUUAUCAUAAAAUACAAAGGGGGAUCUACCCAACGAAUACCGGAGUUUCUACAACUCGGUCAACUCUUAGAAGAUUUGACAACAAAGGUGGUGAUGGAAGUCGCUUCGUAUCCAUAUGCGAAGUUUGCCAUGUCAGAAAUGAACGCAUCCAGAACCGCGCUCCCUACACGCCCCGUCGUCUCCAGAGAAAGUACUCAACUAUCCGAGACAAUGCCCAUUCAAAUCGCUUCUUCCGUGGGUUCGAGAAGUCCAGCAGCCCAGAGUCAAAGUGAUUUCUCGGAUGUACCUAGCCCGUCCAUACAAGGGUCCGAAAGGAUUAAUUCUAAGAGCCCUUCUCCAUUCGACACGACCCAUCAAGAGAACUGGGCGACGACAAAACCUACUUCGACGCCUAAUCAAAGCGGUCAGGUAUGCAGCAAUUGUAGUACUACGAGAACACCACUAUGGCGGCGUUCGCCUCAGGGCGCUACCAUAUGCAAUGCAUGUGGACUGUAUCUUAAGGCGCGGAAUUCAUCCCGCCCAACGAAUCUAAAACGGCCGCCAUCAACGGUCUCUACUACACCGAAAAGAACACCCGAGAGGACUUCUGCCGGAUCUUGUUCUCAAAGUAACCCGGCAAAUAUUCCAGGUGCCACUUAUGUCGCAGCAGAUCAGAUGCCCAAUGGAUCAUGUCCAGGUGGAGGACGAUGUAAUGGUACCGGCGGUGCAGAAGGAUGUAGUGGUUGUCCGGCAUACAACAACCGGGUAGCGAAAAGUGCUCAACUUCAAAACCAAAAUCGAGCGUCUAGUAAUGAGCAGUCGACCCCUGCAGAUGAUGGACCAGCCCCGAUCGAUAUAAAUGCGCAACAAGGAUCUUCUCUGAAUACAACGGUGGUUAUAGCUUGCCAAAAUUGUGGUACUACAAUAACUCCGCUAUGGCGUCGCGAUGAGUCCGGGCACACCAUCUGCAACGCAUGUGGGUUGUACUACAAACUUCACGGAGUCCACCGACCAGUAACUAUGAAGAAGUCCAUCAUCAAGAGGAGGAAACGUGUAAUACCAGCGAAUCAAGGAGAUAGUGGUGCGGAAGAUGGGAUGGCAGUCGAUUCGAUCGAACAACAGAGUCCAUAUGCCGAGCCCGACAUGGAGCGUGGCAGCGUAAAUGAAGAUGGAUCCAUUAAUCUCGGGUUACGACGAAAAGCCGAUUACCCUCUCACACUACUUCCCGACCCGACCCGAUCUAGUUCGGGCCCAGCGCCGAUAUCUACCGAUCUCAUGGCAUACCAUACUACCAACGCUCCGCAACACACCGAAAUUCAAGAUUCCCUUACCGACGACAAUCGAUUAGCGCCGAUAACGUCCAUCCCAUCUCUCAGCGAUCGACAAUCGUCGCUAUCUCCUGCCUCAUUCCUCUCACCAUCAAGAAAACGCUCCUUCUCAGGAACCGAAUCGGAGUAUGCUUCAAGUGAACUAGGGUACGAUAAUUCAAAGAGAUUAUCAUCGAUAAAAUUACUUCUCAAUCCAGCGCUCGAUUCAAGUGCAAAUUUCCGCCCGAUGGAUAAAGCUCCCGAGUCUUUACAGCUUCGAUCCCCAGCGACUACACUCAUGUCAGCACCGAGUCCUAGCCCACAAUUGACAGCGUCAAAUAUAUUACCAAGUAUUCGUUCCAGAGAGAGCACUGUAGAGGACGAAAGGACGAAAGCUGGUCGACUAGCAGCGCUUCAAGAGGAGACGGAACGAAUGCGCCAAUUACUAGCAGCCAAGGAGCGUGAGAUGGCUGCGUUACAGAAGUAAUUAUCAUCCUCAUAUGCGAUUUUCUUUACCUUAUGACCAAAAUAAUGACGGGGUUAUCGGAGUUAAUACGAAAAUACGGCGAUGAUACGAAAGGAA